AUGGCCCAAUUCACAACCCGAAUCACCAAAGCCAAACACCCCAUCAGCUUGCUGGGGGUCACGCAGAAGCAAGAAGAAUCUACAAGGAAAUACCUCGACCGCUUCAACGACGAAUGCCUGACGGUCGACGGACUCACGGACUCCGUUGCAAGCCUCUGCCUAACUAACGGGCUCAUGAAUGAAGAUUUUCGCAAACACCUCACUACUAAACCAAUGUGGACCAUGCACGAAAUUCAGAACGUCGCCAAAGACUACAUCAACGACGAGGAAGUCAGCCAGGUCGUCGCUGCCAACAAACGGCAGCACGCCGCUACCCAACACGGCAACCCGCCUCCACGUCACAAUCCACCACCCAAAGAGAACCAACGAGACCACCUUAGGCCAACCAACCGACCGCCAAGAAUAGGAAAAUUCUCUAAUUACACGCCCCUAACAGCACCAAUUACCGAGAUAUACCACCAAAUAGCAGAUCGAGGCGUCAUCCCCAGAGCCCGACCGCUCAAGGAAAGGACAGGAGGCAACAGAGCCCUCUACUGCGAUUACCACCGAGGUUACGGCCACAAAACACAAGAUUGUUUUGACCUUAAAGACGCCCUCGAACAGGCCAUACGAGACGGCAAACUCCCGGAGUUCGUCAAGAUCAUCAGAGAACCAAGGCGCGCCGACAGAGACAAGUCGCCAGAAAGAGAAGGGCGCAACCCGAGAACUCAAAAGCUACAUCCCAGGGAAAACCCCGAAGAAGACCCGACCAUCAUAGUAAACGUCAUCACAGGCAAGGACGUAUCAAAUAAAUCAAAACUAACAAUGAAAAAAGACCUCAAGAUAAUGGCCGUCAGACACCACGACCCAGUCACCACAGCCGACAGCACGAUAACUUUCUUGCCGGAGGACUGCCAACACGGCACCUCGGCCGAAGACGCCCCCUUCGUCAUAUCAGCCCGAAUCGGAACAGGACUAGUAAGAAGAAUACUGGUAGACACCGGCGUAGACUCCAACAUCCUCUUCCGAGGAGCUUUCGACAAACUCGGGCUCCGCAACGACAACCUCCAAACACACCGCCACGGUGUCACGGGCCUCGGAGACAACUUUCUCAAACCAGAUGGCUCGAUUACCCUUCCCAUCACCAUAGGAACAAGCAAUCAGAGAAAGACGAUCUUAUCCGAAUUCGUAGUCCUAAAAGACUCCACAGCCUAUAACGUCAUUCUCGGGAGAAAAACGAUCAACGACUUCUCUGCAGUUAUCUUUACCAAAUACCUCCUCAUGAAGUUCAGAACCGACGACGGCACCAUCGGAACCAUUCACGGAGACCGAGAAGUCGCAGCCGAAUGCGACAACAAUAGCCUAGCCCUAAGGAAAAAAUCCCGAGACGCGACCGGAAUAUUCCUUGCCGACCUAGACGCACGACUAGACGGCUAA